AUGGCUUCUUCAGGGCCCAAUGCACAACCAUAUAAACGUCAAAGAGUCCGGAAAGCAUGUGUGCCCUGUAGAGAGCGGAAAAGGAAAUGUAAUGGUAAAUCACCAUGUGAAAUGUGUGUUGCGUAUGGGUAUGUAUGCCAUUACACCGAAGAAGAUGGGUUGUUAGCACCGUCUCGUAUGAAUCAGGUGGAAGAAAUGCCUCGUGAUACAGGGAAUACACCGUACGUUCCCUUAAACAUUAUUAGGAAUGGGACACAUAGUACUGAUACCCAGAACCUUACAAAUCGAAAUAUUAUCGAUCGAACUAAGUCUAGAUACACGAUCCAGCAUUCAGCAGUCGCUUUCCCUCGUAGUCUUGGCCUCGAGCUCCGAUCAACCAACCCCCCACGUCUUCAUUGUUUUGCUUGGCAUUGUGGGAUCAGACCAGAGGAAAAGCCGAACUUCCAUGUACCUUUGUCUGAUCUAGUCACAAAGGAAGAGUAUUACCGCAUCUCAAAAGUGUACUUUUCGGUUGUUCAUCCAAUCUUUGAUAUCGUUGAUCCCGAGCAGCUAGGAAAGAACGUUGAGGCAUAUUGGAACGGCGACGCAGAAACAUCAGAGUAUGGUGCUGUCAUUGCGGGAGUUAUUGCCUUAGGAUCAUUCUUUAUGGGAAGUCUUGGUCAUCCUCGAGAGACGGAUAUAAUACGAUACGCAAAGGGCAUCCUGGAUGACCCGACUUUCAGUCGCAUUCCCUCGGUGGAGCAAAUAUCCGCAUGGGUUUUGCGCACCAUUUACUUGCGUGCCACUGCCCGACCCCAUGUAGCAUGGCUGGCUAGCUGCUUAACUAUUCACCUUUCAGAGGCAAUUGGCCUGCAUCAUGAGAUUGACAGAGAGGAUUUAGCGUUGACAAAUAACGUCUCACUGAAAAGAACCACUGAGGUCAGCGAACAUACUCGAAGAUUAUUUUGGUCUGCAUGGUCGAUUAACACCAUUCUUUCAUACGACUAUGGGCGUUCAAGUGUUGUGCUGAAUAGGAUUACUUGUAAGCCAGUCAAGGAGACAGAUGGUAAUUAUACGCUCUAUUUGGUGGCGUUGGCGCAAUUAAUUCCACAAGAAAGUGUGAAUGCAAAUGUGGCACAAUUACUUCAAGCCUUGGCAGCAGUUCACGAAUCACCGGAUGCGCACCCAUUUCUAUCUUUGACCAAGGCUGAUAUAUGUCUUUCUUUUUAUCGAAGACUUCGCUUGCUAAAUCAUAUUCUUGAUAAAAGCGUCGUUUCACAAAUCAUCGAUAUUGGCAACACUGCAUUAGCGGCAGCAUUUGCCCUUGUAAAAAUAGAUCAAGCGUGGUGGAACGUGUUGAGCACCUCCUUCCAGUACGUCUGCGUGCUUCUCGCGAUAGACACUCCAGAAAGUCUUUCCCACGUUGCUGCUGCGAUGAGGACGCUUGAUAAUAUUACACAAGUUUUGGGUACGCAUAUAGCUUUUGAAGCACAGAAGACCGCAAAACUUCUUCUUGAGGAUUCAGUGAAAAAAAAGAGGCAAGAAAUUCAACAACUUGAACAAGCGACUCAUCAGAGAUCAGCUCCCGAAACUACUCAUUUGCUUGAUAUCGACUGGGAUGCACUGCUCGAUCCAUCGGACACACUAAGUUUUAUGUAA